CUCUACCUUUUUUUAAGCAUUUCAUUCACUGAUGAGGAGACUCCAAUGCCCGUCUGAACACUUAAGUGUAGGGAUGUGUCAUGAGCAGAGAGAAAAACAAAGAGAAAGGAAAAUAAGCAGAGUGAUAAACUGAGACAAAGAAAGAGAGAGAGAGAGAGACGCAGAGCGAAAAGGAGGAUAGACGGGAGAUUUUGUGGAGUGUUGCUCGAGUCGUUUGGCUUAUGAUGGACACCAUGAUGCUGCAGGAGAAACUGGUGGAGAAACUUCUGUGCCCUCGAACCCGAACCACUCGACAGAAGGAUAAGCAGUAUGUUGGCUUUGCUACACUUCCUAAUCAGGUCCAUAGGAAGUCAGUGAAGAAGGGUUUUGACUUUACUCUGAUGGUGGCAGGUGAAUCUGGUUUGGGCAAAUCUACUUUAGUUAACAGUCUCUUCCUCACAGAUCUCUAUAAAGACAGAAAAUUACUUAAUGCAGAAGAACGUAUAAACCAGACAGUUGAGAUCACCAAACACACAGUUGACAUCGAAGAGAAAGGAGUUAAACUCAAGCUCACUAUAGUGGACACGCCGGGGUUCGGAGACGCUGUUAAUAAUAAUGAGUGUUGGAAACCCAUCACAGAUUACAUCGAUCAACAGUUUGAGCAAUACUUCAGAGAUGAGAGCGGACUCAACAGAAAGAAUAUUUUAGAUAACAGAGUCCACUGCUGUCUGUAUUUCAUACCGCCGUUUGGACACGGUUUGCGGCCGGUGGAUGUGGAGUUCAUGAAGGCUUUACAUGAAAAAGUGAAUAUUAUUCCUCUGAUAUCUAAAGCGGACUGCCUCACCCCAAAUGAAGUGAAAAAACUCAAGGACAGGGUACGAGAUGAGAUCGAGCGCUUCGGGAUUAAAGUCUAUCAGUUUCCAGAGUGUGAUUCUGAUGAAGAGGAGGAGUUUAAACAGAUGGAUAAAGAGCUGAAGGAGUGUACUCCAUUUGCUGUCAUUGGCAGUAAUACAGUAGUAGAGGCCAGAGGUCAGCGGGUCAGAGGUCGUCUAUACCCCUGGGGUAUUGUUGAAGUGGAGAAUCAGACUCACUGUGACUUUGUAAAGUUGAGAAACAUGUUGAUUCGCUCUCACAUGCACGACCUGAAGGAUGUGACGUGUGAUGUACAUUAUGAAAACUACAGGGCUCACUGCAUACAGGAGAUGACCAGUAAACUUGCUCAGGAUAACCGUACAGACAGUCCAUUACCCAUCCUACCCCUGCCGACACCAGACGUGGAGACAGAGAAACUCAUCAAGAUGAAAGAUGAAGAGCUCAAGAGAAUGCAAGAGAUGCUCGAAAAAAUGCAACAACAGAUGCAUGAGAAAGACCAGUGAUACACACACACAUUGCAGAUGUGAAUGCAUUUAAAUUAUACUGUACAAAUAUUAUAUCUACAGGUCUGUCCAUCAGACACACACUGAUAUAUGUUUGCUGUAUGUUCAUUGCCUGGUGCUUCUUUCUGCCUGAAUCAAAUACAGUGCAGCUGUUAUGUGACAUUAUUAUGUGAUAAUGAUAAACACUAUUGGCGACGAGGGUCGUAAGUAAACCCGUUUACAAUUAACUUAAAUUAACUUUUAAAGUAUCUAAUUUAUAUGGAGGUUUUUAUUUGCUUAGCAAGAUGAAUGUGUGAGUUGUUUAGAGAAAGACUUUUUCUGGAACAGUGCUGAAGUUUAUUCAUAUGAACAAAUGUGUUUGAGAGAGAGAGAGAGAGAGAGAGAGAGAGAGAGAGAGAGAGAGAGAGAGAGAGAGAGAGUUUUGCUAUGAAUUUGUUAGAUUUCUGCUCAGUUUUGUUUAGUGCUUGAACUCAGUGAAUGUGAAUAUAAAGUUCAAAUUAUUGUUAUCAAUAAACUCUCUGUUCUGGCUGAA